GCAAGAGAGGGAGGGAGAAUGCGUGUGAGAGAGAGACAGGAAGAGAGACAGAGGGUAAGAGAGGGAGAACAGUCGAUGGAUGCUGCUUGGACAGAUUGGGUGGUAUAUUCUUCUGUGAUAAGGACUAGAGUGCUGCAGGAAUGGAUGGCAAGGGAAGACACAUUCCUCCAGCAAUGGUAUGGUGUGAGAGGGGCAUACAGGUGCUUCUCACCACUGUGGGGGCCUUUGCUGCAUUUGCCCUGAUGACAGUGGCCAUCGGCACAGACUAUUGGCUGUACGCACGUGCCUUUAUCUGCAACAGCACUGCCAACUCCACUCAGGACGACCCCCACAACAAGGACAAGAAAGACCCUGGAGCCCUCACCCACUCUGGCCUCUGGAGGAUCUGCUGCCUUGAAGGGUUGAAAAGAGGCAUGUGCUCCCAGAUCAACCAUUUCCCAGAGGAUGCUGAUUAUGACCAGGAUGCUGCAGAAUACCUCUUACGUGUAGUCAGGGCCUCCAGUAUAUUCCCCAUUCUCAGUGCUAUACUGUUGCUGCUAGGUGGGGUAUGUGUGGCAUCCAGUCGGUUCUACAAGAGCAAGAGACACAUUAUCCUGGGAGCAGGCAUUCUGUUUGUGGUAGCAGGCCUGAGUAACAUCAUUGGUGUGAUCGUGUACAUCUCUGCGGCACUGAGUGACAUCUCACCAAAGAAGGAUGAAGACAAGAAGUGGCACUACUCCUAUGGCUGGUCUUUUUACUUUGGUGGCCUGUCAUUCAUCCUAGCUGAGGUGGUGGGUGUGCUAGCCGUUAACAUCUAUAUCGAGCGCAACAAGGAGCUGCGUUGCCGCUCACGUGCUGACCUCUUCCACAGCACUACAUCAGCUGUGCUGCGGCUACCCUCUUACCGUUUCCGCAGGGGCCGCCGUUCUUCACGCUCCAGUUCACGCUCUACAGCUGAGCCACCACGUUCAUGCGACCCCUCACCUCCCGGCCUUGGUGUCAAGAACUUCAGCCCACCACUGGCAACUGGCCCACCACCAUUCUCAGUGGCUACGUUGCCAAACCCACACACGCAUUCAGGAGGAGGAGGAGGAGGAGUUGGGGACAUCUCCAUGUACACACUGGGCAGGGAAGGCAAGCCACCCAUGUACGGAACAGUGGACCGUGCUUCUCUCUACCAGCUUCACAACUACUUCCCAACAAAGGAAGGAGGAGCAGGGACACUCAUGACUGGGACAUUGCCAUCACUUUCCAAAUCAAACUUGGCUUCGUCAGCUAAUGCCUCGUCUUCCUCCGGACCUGGAGUGCAGCCAUCCUCACUCACAGCUGGGAAUACGGCAACUAUGGAGAGGGAUAGGGGGCUCGGAACACUUGAUCGGCUGGGGAAAGGUGAUAGCAGCAACACCAAUACUCUCAACAGGAGAACAACCCCUGUGUAA